AUGACGUCCGUGUUUAAGAAGAUAGCGAGCCCUCCCGGCUAUGUUGUGGCCUCGACGCUCAUCUCGAUUGGCGGCUUUCUCAAUGGGUAUGACACCGGUUCUAUCGGCUCAGUCACGGAAAUGAAGUUCUUUCAGGAUACGUUCGGAGAGCUCACUCCUAUAAUGCGAGGCUUCACUGUAUCUCUGAUUAUGCUCACGGGAGCAUUUCCGUCCUUCUUUGCCGGCCAAUUAGCGAAUAGAUAUGGACAUCUAUCUAUCAUCAUGGCAGGCGCUCUUGUCUUUACCCUUGGGGCAGCCCUCCAAGGCGGAGCGUACCACUUGCCUAUGUUUCUUUCUGGACGAGCUCUGAGCGGAUUCGGAGAAGGGCUCUGGAUCAGUAACUGUUACGUCUAUGUUACCGAGAUCUCUCCUAGUGCGCGUCGUGGCGUUCUUGUGUCCAUUUCACAGCUCGCUACCACAACAGGACUCUGUGGCGGAUACUUCACAUGCUACGGAUCAACCAAGAUCGUAUCCUCAAUCUCCUGGAGACUACCGUACAUCAUCCAAGCCGCUUUUGCAUUUACACUCGCCGUCUCCACCUGGUUCUUACCAACAUCUCCAAGAUGGCUGAUGCUUUCUGGUAAACGAGUUGCGGCCUUGAAGGAGAUAGAUCGACUAAACUUGUCUCGUGUCGAGGCGGAGAAGGACUUCCUCAAUUCUACUAACGAAAUUCAUGCUGCACCCUCGACGCUGGAAGGCUUCCUCAUCAUCUUCCGUCGUCAAUACCGUGCUCGUACGAUGCUUGCGUUGUUCAUUCUCGGAAUGGUGCAACUGAGUGGCAUUGACGGCGUGCUGUUUUAUGCACCUACUCUCUUCGCGCAAGCCGGACUUCCAUCUCAGUCCGCUUCUUUUCUUGCAUCUGGAGUCUCAGCAAUUCUCAUAUUCGCCGUAUCGAUUCCGGCAUUCCUAGUCGCUGACCGCGUAGGUCGUCGUACGUCUAUUCUCGUAGGUGGCUCGGGUCUAGCGUUCUGCAUGAUUGUCAUCGGCAGCCUCUACGCUUCUAAGAGUGUUCAUCCAACAGGCGCGGUACGAUGGGUAGUAGUGGUGCUGAUCUUUGCUUUUGCCUUGACUUACGCCUUCACAUGGGCCGUGUCGGCAAAAAUAUAUGCCAGCGAGAUCCAACCUGCCCGAACGCGAGCCGCCGCGAAUUGUGUAGCCCAAGGCGUUAAUUUCUUCACAAAUUGGCUUGUUGCCUUCACAACACCAAUUUUCCUCGCCAAUUCCUCAUUCGGCGCCUAUUUCCUCUUCGGCUUCUUAACUCUCGGUACCGUCCUUGUUCUCACAGCUUAUAUGCCCGAGACGCGUGGCCGCUCUCUCGAGGACAUCCAAGCGGCUUUCCAUCACCGCCCUCUGGCACGGAGUUGGAUGUACCACUUGCGCAAAUUUUUUUCACGCUCCGGCGUCAGCCCAGCAGGUAGCGAAGGCGCACAGAGCAAUCGUAAUAGUCUGGAACUGAACGUGAUGAGAGGAGGAAAUGGGAGCACUCCUAUUGAUGUUGGAGGCCUCUUGGCCGUGGAUGGCGGAACAGGAACAGGAAUUGAAAUGGCUGCGGAUACAGCUGCGGCAGAAGGGAUUACUGAAGUGAGAGCAGUGGGUGGCUGAGCGAUGACCUUUGGUAUUAGGUCUCCCGACAUCAGCGAUAUUUGAUCUGCCCUUCACUCGGCGAUCCUCGUAUCCACAGCGUCAUCAGACACCCUACACUCGAGGCAGAGAUUAUUCCGGCCACGAAGGCGUAGGAAAAGCGGACUACCUAGGUAGGUGCGGUCCUUUGAGUAGAGGCCAAUGAGCUGUCUUGUACGUGUCAUCAACAGCGUACUUCCGCCAUAUAGACAGUCAAUUCCCUCGGCCCCUCACUUAUAAUAGACAAUCAAAACACAGAUUUUCAUAAACCGUAC